AUGAACCCUGCCAAUGCCCCAUGUGCCGCCGCUUCCUCCUCUCGACCAGCUUACAAACGUGUCGAAGAGGGUGAGAGAUGGUUCAUCGAUUCAGGCAGGAUCGAAAUCCUCUACCUCAUUGGCGCUGGCGCUUAUGGUUGUGUCUAUCUCGGCGUCGACUCGAGUGGUCCUGAACCACGCUACAGAGCCAUCAAGUGUCUUCAACGACAUGGUCUGGACGCGAGACAGAGACAUUUUCAAAGGAGAGAAUUGGCUCUACAUAGACUGGCUUGUGCUCAUCCGAGCAUCGUGUCCAUGGAGAAGAUUGUAGAGGAUGAGGAGCAUCUCUUUGUCGUCAUGGACUAUGGCGAGGAUGGAGACUUGUUCUCAAUGAUCACUGAUAAGCAGCGAUACGUGGGGGACGACGAACUCAUUCGCAAUGUCUUUUUGCAACUGCUCGACGGGGUCGACUACCUACACUCCAUUGGUAUCGCUCAUCGAGAUGUUAAACCGGAAAACAUUGUCUGCUCAGAGGAUGGUGAACGCGUCGUCUUGUGUGACUUUGGUCUAGCUACAUCUGAACGUACAUCAUCAGAAUUCGGCUGUGGUUCAUCCUUCUACAUUGCGCCGGAAUGCCUCGGUGAAUGGUUUCCUGACCGGACAACCUACCCUACUCAACCGGGCGACGUCUGGUCUCUCGGUGUCAUCCUCGUCAAUCUCGUUUGCGGUCGUAAUCCCUGGCGCAUAGCUUCUCCAAACGACGAAUCUUUUAAUGCUUUUCUUGCCGACCCACUCUUCCUCCGACGCAUCCUACCAAUCUCCAAUCAAUGCUUGUACAUCCUCACUCGAAUCUUCACCGUCGACCCUUCUGAACGCAUCGACACCCAUCUCUUACGUCAAUUGAUCCUUCAAGUCGACUCCUUCUCCAUGGACGAAGUCGAGCUCCGCGCGACUCACCUGGCGGCCCAAGCGCGUGGCGUGGGCAAAGUUUCUGUCGAACACGUCGAGACCUGCAGUGUAUCUACUUCCCUCGAUACACCUUCAUGGGGACACGAAUCGACAUUCACUUACGACCAAGAAACACCUUCCCUCCGUGCCGACAGUGGAUCUCCUUCCCCACCCAUCCACCGGUCAACAUCUUCAUCCUCCAACGACGAUGCGUCUCUGCCACCUACACCUCUGAUGCACCCUCAGGACAUCUCUCGUGGCGUCCUCCCACCUGCCGCUUCACCACUCUGGGCAGCGUUGAAGAAUGCCGAUGCACAGAGUAGACGCAAAGACCCAGUGGAACUGCGGAUCAACCCUUCUCCAGAUGUCCUCAGUGAAUCGCACCCUUCGCCAUUUUUCUGA